AACCCGCUGUUGGUCGGGCUGAAGGGGACCAGCCUCGUGGAGACCGUGCAGAUCCUCCAAGCCAAAGUCAACAUCCUGGACGUGGCUGUGCUGGACCAAGUGGAGGCUCGGCUGCAGAGCGUCCUGGCGAAGGUGAAUGAAAUCGCCAAGCACAAGGCCGUUGUGCAGGACGCUGACACCCAGAGCAAGAUCCACCAGGUCUAUGAGAUGAUGCAGCGCUGGGACCCCGUGGCCAGCAGCCUGCCCGAUGUAGUGCAGCGACUGCUGACCCUCAGGGAGCUGCACGAGCAAGCCACACAGUUUGGGCAGGUCCUUGUGCACCUGGACACCACGCAGCAGGAGAUAGCUGGUGCUCUCAAGGACAACACCGUGCUGCUGGCAGAGGUCCAGAAGACGAUGAAGGAAAACCUGGCCAUUGUAGAGGACAACUUUGCUGACAUAGAAGCCCGCAUCAAGCGGCUGCAAAAGUGAGAGCACCCUGGAGCACCUCCCUGAGCAUCUGCAUCCCCCCCCCGGCGUCGUGGUCCCCUGGGAAUCUCUCCCUCUGCCUGCAAGUAGCAGUCCCUGUUUGUGUGUACCUGGCCGUGCUCCCCUGCGCAGAAUGGGGCUGUGGAGGGGCCCUUCCCACCCCCCAGUUAGCACACGGUGGGAGGCCACUGCCCCCCGUUCCUGGAUUUACCCCAAUAAAUGUCCUGGAUCGAA